AUGUGGUUUCAGAUCACAAUUCUCCCCCCGGAAGAGAAAGUGGAAGCCGAGUACAACAGCCUGUCUGAAGGGGACCUUCGGCCCCAGACCCCGGAAAUAACAGCAGCCCAGAAAGGAAGUUAUCCACAGGUUCUGAGCCAAGCUCUGAAGCCUGAUGCAUCCCAGAGAGGCCAAUCUAAAAUCAGAGAAUCUCUAACUUGGAGGACGGCCUUUGGUGGAGUCAAGCAGAUGGAUGAGCCUACCCCUCAAGUGGAGGUGGAAGUGGUGAGCAGCCCCGAGCACGGGAGCUGCCCACGCCAGGGCCGGAAGGGUGGACAACUGGGCUCCCUCCCCAACGCGCAGCCCGGCUCUUCCAAGCGGGCCCUGCCGCCUACCCUCGCGGGGAAGCCCCCGCACUCCCAGAGAGUGGGGAGCAGCGUGGGAGCCCCAGUCCCGCCGCGCGGCGGCGAACAGAGCCAGACGGGAAGCCCUGCCCACUGCGGGGAGCCGGGGAGCCAAGGGGAUCCCCGUCCUCGGCGCUCCGGGAGCGACCGAGGAGGCGCGACCCUGUGGCUAAGUGUGCGCGCGCCGCGGGAGAGGACGCCCCGGGCCCCGCGCGCCCGUGCCCCCUCCCGCUCCCCGCUCCAUCCGCGCGCCCCAGGCCUCUCCCCGCCCGCAGCCCAGCCGUCGGGGGGCGGUGGCGGGUGGGGGCCGGCUCCGCCCCUGCGCCGAGGCCGGCUGCGCGCGGGGUGGGGAGAGGCGGGCCGAGGGGCCCCUGCGGAACCGCCCCCUCCCGCGCUGUGGCGGCGGCGGCGGCGGCGGCGCCGGGAGCUGCCCCAGAGGCCGCCGCCCGGCCCCCGCCCGCGCGUCAGCGCGCCCAGCCCGGGGCGCCGAGCUCCGCCCGCGCCGGAGGCCCCUGCGCGCAGCUCCGCGGCGGCCGGGGUGGGACGCGGGCGGAGGCGGUGA